UUGUGGUAACGAUUACGAUUAUAACUUUGAUAACACGCUGAACAAAAAUUUAAAUGUCUGGGAUAAUUGACGAUGUAUUGGAGGGUCUCGUCAGAGCACGAGAGAGUAUGGUCAAACAAGGAAUUAAGAUUGGUGAAAUCAUGGAGAAGUCGAACAACACGCUUUUGCAGGUUGAAGAGCAGGCUUCGAUGACACCGCCAUUAAAAGAGAAUGCUGAGCCGCAAAGUCUGUAUAAUUUAAAUGCCGAUUGUGAGCUGGCACUGACAAAGAUAUUGGAGCAGUUUCAGCAGCUCAUGCAACAAAUUGUGAACGUAGACAGCAAGUCGGAUAAUCAAAAUGCUUUGGAUUGUUAUUUAGCCACCCGUCAGCGCGUUGAAAAUUUAAGAAGCAGUUCCCGCAAAUUGGUGGCUCUUCACGACACAAUCGCUCAAUUGAAGCUUAAUGUGCAAGAACAGCAAGAGCUAAUCAAGGAAGAGAAUACAGAUAGCGAUAAUGAUAACUAUCAAUAAUAUAAAACAA